AUGAGACCUCUGAACCUCUCCGCCCGGCAACCUGAUUUCUUCCCCUAUUCCCUCAUUUUUUUUCUUGGCCACUCCUUCUUCUUGUAUAUUCUUGUAAUUGUAUACUUUAUAUUUUGCAUUAUGCCGUCGGGCAUCAGCAAGCGCCAGCAGGCGCGGAAUGAAAAGACCCUUGCGGAGCUGAUCCGGACCGUUCCUGGCAAUGACCGAUGUGCCGAUUGCGAUGCCUUGACCCCAGGAUGGGCAAGCUGGAACAUGGGUAUCUUCCUUUGCAUGCGUUGCGCCGCUCUGCACCGGAAGCUAGGCACACAUAUCUCCAAGGUCAAGUCAUUGAGCAUGGAUACUUGGAACACAGAGCAGGUUGAUAGCAUGAAAUCGCAUGGAAACCUCCUUAUGAACAAGAUUUACAACCCAAGAGGCAUCAAGCCAGCGAUCCCCACCGACGUCGACGAAGCCGAUGCAUGCAUGGAGAGGUUCAUCAGGCAAAAAUACCAGCACCGUUCAUUGGAAAAUGGAAAGCCGAAGCCGCCGAGCCGAGAGGAAUCGAGCUAUUCCAACCCUAGAGCCCAAUCACCCAUCGAAAGCCGAGCACCUAGGGACUACGACAGAUCCCCAGAAGGAUCACCUCCCCCUCUUCCACCCAAGUCGGGCAAAUUCUUCAAGUUCGGUCUUCGCUCGUCAUCCUCGACAUCGAACCUACGACGGUUCGGCAACAGCAAACCAAAGGUUACAUCGCCUACUUCGGAUAAUGGAGCUUGGUCACCACCACCGCCGCCAUCUAGGAGGACAACGGGUCUUGGUGCGCCUGUUGUCGAUGUAACAACGGCAUCUUUGGAAUCUAAGAUGGCGGUAUUGCAGGAGAUGGGAUUCACAAACGAUCGACGCAACGAGAUGGUACUCAGGGGACUCAAUGAAGAUUUGGAUCGGGCCGUUGAAACCUUGGUCAGGCUGGGUGAAGGAAGCAACCCAGUCUCUAGGUCCCGGACUCCGGCCGGCAUAAGCUCUGGCGCAACGCGUGAGACGACUUCCAAACCACAGACAGCCAGCCAAACCCUCAAGGUCUCCGACAACUCAUUCCCUGACAUGCCUUCCAAUAAUCCAUUCGACCGAGUGGUCUCAAACCCCAUACCUCAGCAAUCACAGACCGCUUCAUACAACCCAUUCGAUCAACCGAACGCAGCGCAGACAUCCACGCAGCCGUUGGAAUCUUCCUUCCAAGGCUUGCAAGUCUCUCAGCCACUGUUCCCUCACUCUACUGGUGGAUACCCUCAUCAGGCAAGCUCCAUGCAACAGCCUCCAUACCAACAGCCUUUCACCCCUCCGAUCCCAUCAUCAUUCUCUCAGUCACCCUACGUUGCAUCCCCUCAGCCGAUGGACAACAGUUUCAACCCAUUCAACCAGCCCGCGCCACCCCAGCAGCCGCAAACUCAAGCUCAGCCAGCCCCCGGUACUCCGCAGACGAACCCAUUCUUUAAUACUCCGUCGCACAGCCAGACCAUGCAGCCGCAAGGCCCGCAAAUGGCCCCCUCGGCGCCGACUUUCAGUGCUCAGCCCCAGCCUCAUCACGCCAAUACCAUGCCAGCUGUCUCUUCUGCAUCACCGUUUGGAUCUAAUCCUUUCUACGGACAGCAGCAACAGCAACAUCAACAGCAGCAGGUACCAAACACCGCCUCGGGAGCUUACAACUUCUUCCAGCAGGGACCAGCUGCAAACCAACAGAAUGGUAGCAGCUUCCCGGGCCAGUUCCAGGCGAAUCAGCAGCCCCAGCAACCGCAACAACUCAAGCCCCAGCCCACAGGGAUGGAUAAAAACAGCAUUCUUUCAUUGUACAAUAUGGCCCCUUCACAAAAUAAUAUCCCACCCCCCACCCAACAAUACCAACAAAACCAGCCCCCCCAGCCCCAGGCUGCCACUGGAACGAACCCUUUCCCGCAAUCAACCAACCCAUACGCUUCCACAUUGCAACCCCAGCAGGGCUCUACCUUCCAGCAACAAAACCAGCCACAGCAGUUUUUCCAACACCAGCAAUCCCAACCACAGCAGGCCUUCCAGCAGCCUCAGCCUCAGCCUCAGCCUCAGCCUCAGCCUCAACCGCCUGCUCCAGCUAACAAUCCAUUCUUUAGCAAUGGCUCUACAGGAGCGACCUCAGGCGCCCCUACAGGAGCAGGCUCCGGCCUUGCCGCCUUGGCAGGGAUCAAUUCCUACCAGCAGCAGCAGUCUUCAGGGCCAGGAGUUGGAGACACGAACGGAAGUGUUCAAAGCCCAUCCUUGGGAACAACUACCUCUCCAUUUGGGGGAUCCAACGCCUCUCCAUUCGCAGGAAUGGCACCUCCAUUCGCAAGCACGAACAAAUCCCCGUUCUCCGGCCCACCUCCCACAAACUCGGCUUUUCGUGGAACACACAUGAGCCAGCCGAGUGUUGACGUGAGUGGUCUGCAGAAAGGGCGCCAUAGCCCUGAUGCUUUCGCAAGCCUGAGUGCUCGCUACUGA